AUGGAGGAAUGGAGGCGUUUCCUGGUGAACUGUUUAGAUUUAGGAUCUGCUAAAUGCUUCAUCACCCAGAAGUGGGCCACAAUCUAUCCUCUGUGCUUCUGCUCCACUGUCUCUGCAGGCAUCACCGUGCUGCUGUCUCUAACAGUGUUCAUGUUACUGGUAGCAGAGAUCAUGCCUGCCACGUCAGACUCUGUUCCUCUGAUCGCUCAGUACUUUGCUAGCACCAUGAUGAUUGUGGGCUUGUCUGUGGUGAUGACAGUCCUGGUACUACAGUUCCACCACCAUGACCCCCAUGGAGGGAAGAUGCCUAAAUUGGUGCGAAUUGUCUUACUCAACUGGUGCGCUUGGUUUCUCCGCAUGAAGAAACCUGGAGAGGAAAGAAAAACAGCUGGGAGCUCAAGUAACCCCACAAACUUCAAGUAUUCCCAGCCUCCUCCUUCUGCUCCUGCUCCUCACCAUACCAGCACCAACAGCAUUCCGAUGAGCACCAUACCAGGGCAAGCGCCCACCCAGUCAACCACGACCAACGGGAACAUGAACCUGUACUUUGGCUACCACACCAUGGGUACAGAAAACCCCACCUUCCCACCAAGCACAGAUUCAGGCAUGGUGCUGUGCGGCGGCCAUCCUAACGGCCCCUCCCUUCAAGAAGCCCACUCAGAACCGUUGCAGACUUUACUGCCAGAGCAGGUACCGCAGAUUUCACGGAUCCUCGACGAGGUGCAGUACAUAGCCAGGAGGUUCCGAGAGCAGGACGAGGGACUGGCGAUUUGUAGCGAGUGGAAGUUUGCUGCGGCGGUGGUGGAUCGGAUGUGCUUGGUGGCUUUCUCUCUCUUCUCCAUUAUCUGCACCUUCACCAUCCUCAUGUCGGCUCCCAAUUUCAUAGAAGCAGUGUCCAAGGACUUUGCAUAAGAGCCCUCUCGUCCCUCGGAAAAACAGAGGCAAAGAUAAAACUUAAAAUCCUGACACAAUUAAAACGGUAGCCUCCCUGCUACAAAUACAUGAAGCCACACACGUUUCAGUUAUUUUAAAAGUCCCUCCAUCUUCAAAUGUUUGUGGUUGUUUGGAGAUAGUGUGAUUUUUACUUUUCAAGGUGGCUCUUUCCUUGCUAGCAGUAUGCAUCGUAGGAGGUUGAGGCUACAUGCAGUGGUUAAUGAUCUAGAAACUCACACUAAUGCACUUUUCAAAUCUUUUCCUGCUCUACCACAUCAUGUACCUGCCACCACCUGGGUCUCAUGUCUCAUCAGAGUAUAUACAGUAUACUUCUCAUCUACAAAUGUCUAAAUGUGUUCAGGUGUUACUGCAGUACAGUCCAUACAGUUCAAAGUACAGUUUUAGGAAUCAUUUUUAAGGCCUGUUUUCUAGCAAUUAUUUGGCAUUUUGUAGAUAAAUGUUGGAGAAUUUACUGAGAGCUCCAAGUGUUAACCCAUGGCACUAUACAUCUCACUUGUCUUUUAACUUCUUAACUAGAGCUGCAACUCAUCCUAUUUUACUUUGUUAUUCAUUUUUAAUAACUGUCUUGAUUAUGUGAUCAUUCCUAUUGUAUAUAGAAUGUCAGAGAAUAUUGAGACUGUAAUUCCCAAGAUUCCAUGAAGAUGUAUCCAAUCAACAGUUCAAAGAUAAUACAUAUACUAUCUUAUAUGUAAAAAACUAUUUCUCACAUUUGAAGAGCUGAACAAAGCAAAGGUUUUGCUU